AUGCUUUCUCCCAAGUCCAUCAUCCUCGUGUCCUGCGUCGCACUUUCUGCGGCGGCGGCGGCGGCGGCAGUCCCGCCCCCCAACUACGUCGAUCUCUGCUACGCCGACAUCACCAACCUCGACGCCGACGUCAAGAGUCUGACCGCCAAGGUGGACAGCUUCAACGGCGACCUGGUCUCGGUCCUCCCCCAGCUCCCGCUCGCCCUGCAGGCCGUGGUCGCCACGGCCGCCGCGGGCCUGCACUCCUCCUUGCUGCCUCAACCUCUCCCGGCGGCGGACCUGCUCCGCCUCGCCGGCCGCGUGAACACUACCAUUGCGGCAGACAUACCGGCCGCUGUGAACGCCUUUGUCGCCAAGGAGUCGGCCUACGAGAAGGCCGGGCUGAAGACGCCUGUUCUCCUGGGGCUGAGGCUGUUCCUGCCCUUGUACGAGCGGCUCGCGAACAACAUUCUCGACCGGGUGCCCGCCGAUGCUCCCAAGGACCGUGUGGACGUUCUGAAGAGCGAUGUCCAGGGCAUCAUUGACUCCUUGUUGAAGGGUAUCCGGGCGUAUGAGUAG